CGCAAGUUAAACACACUUUGAAAGGUACCCACAUCCUUCCAUUAUUAGGAAAAACAAUAAUGGUACUCUGUUUUUACAAAGUCAACUAUCCUUUUCAACCUCGUAGUAGUUGCAGUUGCAGUUCUUCAAAAUGAUUAUAUCAUCUACCUUUUACAUAAUUCCAACCCAGAAGCCACGUCUCAAACAAACCCAUUCUUUCAGAUUCCGAAACAACACAGUUUUUCGUGUAAACUGUGUUUGACUCAAGAGGAAGAAGACAUGAUGAGUGGUUCUCCUUCUCCAAAUUCAAAACAGAGAACAUGCGACUAUUGUGGGGACUUCACGGCUCUUCUGUAUUGCAGUGCCGAUUCUGCGAAGCUAUGUUUCUUCUGUGACCGCAAAGUUCACUCCCCAAACCAGCUUUUCUCCAAGCACACGCGAGCGCAGCUCUGUGAUUCGUGUGGAGAUUCCCCUGCUUCGAUGCUCUGUUCUGCAGAGAACUCUGUUCUUUGCCAUAACUGUGACUGCGAAAAGCACAAACAUUUGGCGUCUGAAGUGCACCAACGAAAACCCCUCGAGGGGUUCUCGGGGUGCCCUUCUGUGACUGAGUUGUUAACGAUUCUUGGUGUUUCUGAAAAAUCUCUGCUUUCAAAUGAGGGGACUUCCCAGAUUGAUUACGACCUUUCGGAUUUGCACGUGUGGAGUGCUCCUUCUGUUAACGGUCUUGAAUAUUUGAUCACUUCCACAGCUUCUUCUCAUAAGAAUCGUAAGAGUGCGUUUGGGAGACACAAAGAAGAGAUUCUUAGUCAACUCCGUGAGCUAAUAAAGUUGGAGCCCGACUUGAUUCAUGGAGAAGUAGAUGCUGAGCGACAAGGGCAAUUUGGAAAUUUGCCUACUGGCUUUGAACGUGACGUGGAGGCUAGUAUGUUUCCUUCAUAUGAGGCAGGUGUGUUUUGUUGGCAUGGAGAAAGCAGUGAUCCUACAAAUCAAAUUGUUCCUUCCGAUACGUCAUCAUUGAGAGAUUUUGGCGAGGUAGUUUCAGCUGAAGAUGGAAGUUUUACCAUCCCUGGAACUGGAACUCAAGCCAAUUUUAACAACGAAGGGAAACCAUCAAACUCUUUUAACUCUGAAAACUUAUCUCCUACUCCUAAAGCUACUCCAUAUGAGUUAACAAGUCAUGAAAGAGAUUCAGCAUUAUUGCGAUACAGAGAGAAGAAGAAAACCAGAAGAUAUGACAAGCACAUCAGAUAUGAAUCACGAAAAGUUCGGGCAGAAAGCAGGAUGAGAAUUAAGGGUCGGUUUGUCAAAGAUGAAACACAAAAAUAACAGUACAUUACUAAUUACAUCACACCUGUAAUUCUCAGCUUUUGUCACAAUGUAUGCAACAUGUCUGUUGCACAACAUUUUGUUUAAUUAAAGUUUUUUAUGUUUUUCGAAUUGCUAGAUUAUAUAGAUAUCCUCUAAAAAACAGAUUAUAUAGAUAUAAAUUGUAAUUUGGCCCUUCUGUUCUUGAUUAAAUGGAAUUAGUGGCUGGCAAUUUUGAUUAUUUUCACA